AUGUCAGAGGUUGAGAACGCAGUGCGCAGGGCAACUCCAAACAAGGCACCCGGCACAGACGGCAUCACUAACAGCAUACUGCACAAUAAAAAAACCCUCGACAUUCUCCUUCCUGGACUUUGCAAGCUGUUCAACGCAUGUCUACGACUGGGAUACUGUCCAGCACACUUCAAAGACACGUUUACAGUGGUUCUCCGGAAGCCAGGCAAAGACGACUACACUCAGCCUAAAGCCUAUCGUCCGUCCAAUCAGGGAAGGAUGGAGCGCCAAAACGUUCGGGCCAAGACCUUGGGAAGACUUGUUGUUCAUCCUUACUUCCUCGUCAGCCGCAAAGACCUCGCCUUGAUAUUUGCCCCAGGGAAGCGACAACACAGGCAGAUCCUCUGCUCUGGCAAAGCCCAGGAGGGCAACAAGAGCGAACAACAAUAA